UAGCCCGGUGUGAAAAUUGCUGGAUAACGGCUGUGAAGAUGACCUCUCCGAGGACAGAGAGGAGCUCCUGCAUGGGAUUUCAGAGCUGGACAUCAGCAACUCGGAUUGCUUCCCCUCCCAGCUGCUAGUGCACGGGGCUCUAGCCUUUCCCCUGGGGUUAGAUUCCUACCACGGCUGUGUCAUAGCGGCAGCCCGCUAUGGCCGGGGCCGGGUGGUCGUGACCGGCCACAAGGUGUUAUUCACCGUGGGCAAACUCGGCCCCUUUCUGCUCAAUGCCGUGCGCUGGCUGGACGGGGGCCGCCGAGGCAAGAUCGUGGUGCAGACGGAACUGAGGACACUGAGCGGCCUGCUCGCGGUGGGGGGCAUAGACACCAGCAUUGAGCCCCAUCUGACCAGUGAUGCGAGUGUCUAUUGCUUUGAACCCGUGAGUGAUGUGGGGGUCAAAGAGCUGCAGGAGUUUGUAGCCGAGGGCGGGGGACUGUUUGUUGGCGCCCAAGCCUGGUGGUGGGCCUUCAAGAACCCUGGAGUGUCCCCUUUGGCUCGGUUCCCAGGAAACCUCCUCCUCAACCCCUUUGGCAUCAGCAUCACAAGCCAAAGCCUCAAUCCAGGGCCCUUCCGUACGCCUAAAGCAGGGAUAAGGACCUAUCACUUCCGCUCCACUCUGGCUGAGUUCCAAGUUAUAAUGGGCAGGAAGAGAGGGAACGUGGAAAAGGGCUGGUUGGCCAAGCUGGGGCCGGACGGUGCAGCUUUCCUCCAGAUCCCCGCCGAAGAGAUCCCGGCCUAUAUGUCCGUGCAUCGGCUCCUGAGGAAGCUGCUGAGUCGCUAUCGGCUCCCAGUUGCAACCCGAGAGAACCCCGUUAUCAAUGACUGCUGCAGGGGUGCUAUGCUUUCCCUGGCCACUGGCCUGGCCCACUCUGGAAGUGACCUCUCUCUGUUAGUGCCCGAAAUCGAAGACAUGUACAGCAGCCCCUAUCUGCGCCCCUCGGAGUCUCCUAUCACCGUUGAGGUCAACUGCAACAAUCCAGGCACCAGAUAUUGCUGGAUGAGCACUGGGCUCUACAUUCCUGGAAGGCAGAUUAUAGAGGUCUCACUGCCUGAAGCUGCUGCCUCUGCUGAUCUGAAGAUACAGAUCGGCUGCCACACGGAUGACCUGACCAGAGCCAGCAAGCUGUUCCGAGGCCCACUCGUGAUUAACCGGUGCUGCUUGGACAAGCCCACCAAGUCGAUCACCUGCCUCUGGGGUGGCCUGCUCUAUAUCAUCGUGCCUCAGAGCAGCAAACUGGGCUCUGUGCCCGUCACUGUUAAGGGGGCCGUGCAUGCCCCAUACUACAAGCUGGGGGAGACCUCCCAGGAGGAGUGGAAGAGGCGCAUCCAGGAGAAUCCAGGUCCCUGGGGAGAGCUGGCUACGGACAACAUCAUCCUGACAGUGCCAACUGCCAAUCUCCGCACGCUGGAGAACCCUGAGCCACUGCUUCGCCUCUGGGACGAGGUGAUGCAGGCUGUGGCACGGCUGGGGGCCGAGCCCUUCCCUCUGCGUCUGCCUCAGAGGAUCGUCGCUGACGUGCAGAUCUCAGUCGGCUGGAUGCAUGCCGGGUACCCCAUCAUGUGCCAUCUGGAAUCUGUGCAGGAGCUCAUCAAUGAGAAGCUCAUCAGAACCAAGGGGCUGUGGGGCCCCGUCCACGAGCUCGGCCGCAACCAGCAGCGGCAGGAGUGGGAGUUCCCCCCACACACCACCGAGGCUACCUGCAAUCUGUGGUGUGUUUACGUGCACGAAACGGUCUUGGGCAUCCCUCGAGGCCGUGCAAAUAUUGCUCUGUGGCCUCCAGUUCGGGAGAAGAGAGUCCGAAUCUACCUGGGCAAGGGUCCCAAUGUGAAAAACUGGAAUGCGUGGACUGCGCUGGAAACAUAUCUACAGCUACAGGAGGCCUUUGGUUGGGAGCCAUUCAUCCGUCUCUUCACUGAGUAUAGGAACCAGACCAACUUGCCCACAGAUAAUGUUGACAAAAUGAAUCUGUGGGUGAAGAUGUUCUCCCACCAAGUGCAGAAGAAUCUGGCUCCGUUCUUUGAGGCCUGGGCCUGGCCUAUCCAGAAGGAAGUGGCUACCAGCCUGGCCUAUCUGCCUGAAUGGAAGGAAAAUAUUAUGAAAUUAUACCUCCUCACACAGAUGCCCCACUGAAAUUGAAGUCAAGAAAUGCAAGAGAGAAUUGACACAUCUCAGCAAAGAAAACUAAACAGAUUUGAUUAUAACUGAAGAAGAUCUCAACACAUUCCUGGAAGAGAGAAAGUGGAUGAAGCAUGAGAAUGAAUGAAAGAGUGAAGGUAUCUUUCACACAGAAUAGAAGCUGAUCUGAAUAACAUAAUUCCAAAGAAACAUGAGCACCUGAAAAGUCUACAAAGAGUUAUACCAGUUGUAAAAUUGAAUCCCAUCUAUUCUGCCCCAACCAUUGUGCAUAGAAUACAGGCAGUCUAUAAUUGGUAUCCAUUACAAAUCUAUUGUUCUUGUUGUUGUUUGUAUAGAAAUUGAAUAAACUGCCUGAGGAGAGAUAGGAGUUGGUGCCCCAGAAUAACAUUUCUCUUUUUGUGGAAAUAAGUGACCCCCUAGCCUAUUGGCUAAUCCUCUGAAUGUUGAAACCCCUCCUCAAGUAACCCUAGUGCUUCUAGUCCUAGAAGAGGCUUACUGGAGAAACAGAUCCAACCAUACGCUGGCAGAAGACACCCACACCAACUCCUGUAAAAGUUAACAGCUAUAUUGAUUCUUAAAUGAAAACAGUCAGCUAGGAAUCCCCAGUCUUUGGGCAUCGGAGGGUGGAGGAGGAGGAGCAGGGGAGAGGCAUUUAAGAAAAAUAACCAGUUAGAAUUAGGAUGCUUGAAAAAUACAACAAACUCUAGAGGAAACAAAGUGAACAUGGAAAGAAUAACUUUAAAAUCUGUAUCUUCAGAGAGAUUUGAGGUGUAUUUGUAAGAUGAGUACAGAAUGCUACACAGAAAGGAAAAACUGAGAAUAAAAGAGCCCUUGAAAGUGAAAUAAAACUGCCCAAAGUAUUCAGUGGACAGGCUGGAAAAUAUAGUUGAGGGAAACUCCUUAGAUAUAGAACAAAAAGAAAUAGAAAAAAAUAAAGAAAGGAAAAGAUGUAGACAAUCAAUAUCUAAGCAUUAGGACUUUCUGGAAAAGAACAUAAAAAAAUAUAGGUGAAGAAAUAAAAAGGACAAAAAAUGAAGAACAGAAAGAACCACAUCUCCAGAUUGAGGAGCCCCAAUACAACCUAUAUCUAGACACAAUCUUGUGAAAUUUUGGAAUAUUAAGGAUACAGGGAAGAUAUUAAAAGUGCCCAAAGAGAAAAUAAAGUUGUCAUCACAAUUAGCUCAACUAAAACAGGAAUAAGAAAUAGACUGGCAGCAGAUUUUUCAUUAGCAACACUGAAUGCUAGAAGCCAGUGGAGCAAUUUCUUCACUUACAGAAAAUUUUUGUACUCAGAAUAACAUAGCAAGCCAAACUGUCAAGAGUAGUGUCAAAAUAAAGACCUUUUCUGACAUGCAAGUUUUCAGAAAGUCUACCUACUUUGCACCCUUUCUGAGAAAGUACCUUGAAGAGGUUCUCCGACAAAAUGAUGAGGAAAACUGGGAAAGAGGAAAAAAUAGAAUCCA